AUGGGUUAUUUGUUCAUUCUUUUCGCCCUUGCCCUGCUUAGCUCUCUUGCUCUCCCCCCGCUGAAAAGGCCUGCUCCUACAACUCCAUCUAUAAAUGUUGGCGUGGUCAUCCGUGAUGAGCACGACCUUAAUGAUAUUCAUGUUCGUGCGGCACAAAAUGAUAAUGUAAUAUCAAAAGUUGCAUUGGCCCAACGUGCACGGCGGGAGCGUGAAAAAAAACAAAAGUCAUACUUUGAAUUUCAAUGCUUGCAACGAGAGCAAGAGGGAUUAGAAGAAUGUGUUCAACUAAGAGAAUCUUCUUUAACACCAAUUCGUCGUGAUCGCACUUGCUUAGAGUGGGAAACAAUAACUGAAGAUUCUCAUUCGGCACAAAAACGAAGAAUGGUUACCCAUCAUUCUACAUGUUCGUUUUCUAUGCCAAUCACAUCGUUGGCUCCACAAAGGAAUCGGUCUACUCCUAUAAAUCGAUUUCUUCAAGAAGAUCUAUGUACUGAUGAUGAAUUAGAAGAUAUGCCUAUGAGUACAUCAAUUGACGCCCGGGUACACAAAGAUUCUUGCCGCCAUUAUCUUGGCAAGAUGGAUGUAUUAUGUCCUUAUUGUUCAGCCUUACAUUGGAUGGAUGAAAAAUUGACAAAAUCUUCUAUGAAGUGUCCCUUAUUCGGAACUUGCUGUUUGGAAGGAAAGAUUAGGCUACCCUUACUUAUUACACCCCCUCCACCACUUCAGGCUUUGUAUGAUAGGAAUAAUGAUCAAUCAAAAUCCUUUCGAAGUUAUACUCGAGUGUACAAUGCAACCAAUGCUUUUACGAGUCUUGGUGCUACAUUAGAUCCUAGAGUACUCAGUGGAAGGGGCCCUACAUCAUUCACAAUUCAUGGGGAAUUGCGACAUCGAACAGGAUCACUACAACCACAACCAGGGAUAGAAGCAAGUUAUGCUCAACUGUAUAUCUAUGACCCUGAUUCAGCUUUAGAAAUUCGUAAUCGUAGAAAUCCUAUCUUGAGAAGGGAUGUUCUCAAAAUUAUUCAGGAUAGUUUGUUGCAAGUCAAUGCAUUUGUAGAUAAAUUUCGCCAAGCUCAUGCUAUUUUAUAUCAAUUAGACUCGGCGGGACACAAUUUACCUGCUCAUCUUCAUUACAAUUCAAGAACUGAUCGACGUCGAUAUAACCUACCAACUGCAGAUGAGAUUGCGAUUGUAAUACCGGGUGAUGGAACAGAAGUUAAUGGAAUGAGAGAUAUUAUCUUACAUUUUCGAGGAAAUAAUGAGUUGAUGCAAAUUAAUGAAUGUCACCCAGCAUACCUGCCAUUACAUUAUGUUCUAUUAUUUCCCUAUGGUGAGCUUGGAUGGGAACCUGAGCUGAAAUUGUGGAAUGUUCAGUAUGAUCGACCUUCAACUGAUCGACUUACUCAAAUGGAUUUUUAUAGUUAUCGUUUGUUUGAACGACCCACAGAGUAUUCAACAAUUUUGAGAGGUGGGAAACUAUUUCAAGAGUUUUUGGUAGAUGCUUGGGCUGCAACUGAGUAA